AUGGCUGACGAAGACGUCCAGGCGCUCGUGGUCGACAACGGCUCGGGCAUGUGCAAGGCCGGGUUUGCCGGCGACGACGCGCCGCGCGCCGUGUUCCCCUCGAUCGUGGGGCGCCCCAAGCACUUGGGCAUCAUGGUGGGCAUGGACCAGAAGGACGCGUACGUGGGCGACGAGGCGCAGUCGAAGCGCGGCGUGCUGACGCUCAAGUACCCCAUUGAGCACGGCAUUGUCACGAACUGGGACGACAUGGAGAAGAUUUGGCACCAUACGUUUUAUAACGAGCUGCGCGUGGCGCCCGAAGAGCACCCGGUGCUGCUGACGGAAGCGCCGCUCAACCCCAAGGCCAACCGCGAGCGCAUGACGCAGAUUAUGUUUGAGACGUUUAACGUGCCGGCCAUGUACGUGAACAUCCAGGCCGUGCUGUCGCUGUACGCGUCGGGGCGCACCACGGGCUGCGUGCUCGACUCGGGCGACGGCGUGUCGCACACGGUGCCCAUCUACGAGGGCUACGCGCUGCCGCACGCGAUUGUGCGCCUCGACUUGGCCGGCCGCGACCUCACGGACUACAUGAUGAAGAUUUUGACGGAACGCGGCUACUCGUUUACCACGACGGCCGAGCGCGAAAUCGUGCGCGACAUUAAGGAGAAGCUGACGUACAUUGCGCUCGACUUUGACCAGGAGAUGAAGACGGCGGCCGAGUCGUCGGGCCUCGAGAAGAGCUACGAGCUGCCGGACGGCAAUGUGAUUGUCAUUGGCAACGAGCGCUUCCGUACGCCCGAAGUGCUGUUCCAGCCGUCGCUGAUUGGCAAAGAAGCUGCUGGCAUCCACGACUGCACGUUCCAGACCAUUAUGAAGUGUGACGUGGACAUUCGCAAGGACUUGUACUGCAACAUUGUGCUCUCGGGCGGCACGACCAUGUACCCGGGCAUUGGCGAGCGCAUGACGAAGGAGCUGACGGCACUGGCGCCGUCGACGAUGAAGAUCAAGGUGGUGGCCCCGCCCGAGCGCAAGUACUCGGUGUGGAUUGGCGGCUCGAUCCUCUCGUCGCUGUCGACGUUCCAGCAGAUGUGGAUCUCCAAGGCCGAGUACGACGAGUCGGGUCCGUCGAUUGUCCACCGCAAGUGCUUUUAG